CUCAGAGUCGCGCGUGUGAAUAAGCACAAGUCAUUUCAGAGCGACCACGCAGGCGCGGGGAGCAGAGACGGAGCCGAGCCCAUCAGAGCUGCUGAGGGAAGCGCGGAUUAAUGAAGAGCAGCAGCAGGAGAGCUUCAGGAUCAUCACCGAGCGGAAAAACUUCGGCAGGAGAAACACAAAACUUCAGUUGUAAAUCCAGGGGACGCUGUUAGAGUAAACCUGAGACGUGGGCACGUUAUUUAUUUUCAGAUGAAAUGAGUGAAUGUUAGUUUUGUUCAGUAUCAGCUCCGAGUGUAGUCUCUCUGACCGCGGACUGGACAAAGCGCGCGCGCGCGUCUCCCUUCCUCUCUCUCUCUCUCUCUCUCCUGUUACUCUCAGAACUACACUGAGGACAUGGGAGAGCUCUAACUCGCGUUGUGACUCGGUGACACACUGCCUCCUGGCCUGGCGUGUGUUCAUUCCAUAUAUCAACAAAACCGCCCUUUUUGAUGAAACAUAUCCUUACUGCUAUUUGAUCCGGAUGGUCUCACACACAGACAGAGAGAGAGAGAGAGAGAGAGAGACUAGCUAACUGCUAGCUACAGUACUUCUCCAUGGUCAGUAAACACCGCCCGGGGCUGACGGUGGUUCAGUCGGCGUCGGUUCCUUGCCGUGGAAAGGGAUAUUAACCGCAAGCUGUCCGGGGCCGGAGUGUGCGCCACCGAGAGUGAGUAUACCGCGGGGUGUACCCGGCAUGGAGACCGACUCGAUGAGCGGAGACGUGGACUCGGUGCAGGGCGGCUCUCUCUCUGUAGACCCGGUGCUCGACGGCAUUCUAAUGGACUCGUUCUGCCAGCAGCAGGGAUGGAUGCGUGUGUACGAUGUGAAAGGGCCACCAAGCCACCGCUUCUCCUGUGGCCAGUCCCCCUUCUCAGACCCCAGCGUCUGGGAGAAGAAGUACUGCAUCCUAACUGACAACCAACUAAUCCUGCUAAACCGCGAGGAAGAGAUGCCUGCAGAGGUGCAUGAAAGUCCUACUGCUUCAUCAUCCAAGAGCCGCAGUUUAAGGAGAACCGUCAGUGUGCCCUCUGAAGGACAGUUUCCAGAGUAUCCAACAGAGGGAGCAUCUGUAUUGGAAAUCUCCUCAGAUCGCUCCCCUAGACGGAGGAGCAUCUCUGGCCUCGGCACCUCUGAGAAGAACAUUUCCGUGGAUGGGCCCAGCUCCUCACCCUUCAAAGUGCCAGGUUUUUUCAGUAAGCGGCUAAAAGGAUCAAUCAAGAGGACUAAGAGCCAGACCAAACUGGACCGUAACCCAAGCUUCAGGCUCCCAUCACUACGACCUACUGAGAAUGAGAGGUCACGAGGCCUGCCCAAGCUGAAAGAGUCUUGUUCACAUGAGUCUUUGCUCAGUCCAAGCAGUGCAGUGGAGGCACUAGAGCUCAGCAUGGAGGAGGAUGUGUACAUUAAACCGCUUCACAGCAGCGUGCUCGGACAGGAGUUCUGUUUUGAGGUGACAUACUCAGGGGGCAGUAAGUGUUUCAGCUGCUCCUCAGCUUCUGAGAGAGACAAAUGGAUGGAAAACAUUAGGAGGACUGUUCAGCCAAAUAAGGACAACUGCCGGCGUGCAGAAAAUGUGCUGCGCCUUUGGAUCAUCGAGGCUAAAGACUUGCCGCCCAAGAAGAGAUACUUCUGUGAGCUGUGCCUAGAUGAUGUACUGUAUGCACGCACCACUAGCAAGAUGCGUUCAGACUGUCUAUUCUGGGGUGAGCACUUUGAGUUUGGUGGUCUUCCUGCCAUUAGUAGCAUCACUGUGCAUGUUUACCGUGAUGCCGACAAAAAAAAGAAAAAAGACAAGAGCAACUAUGUUGGACUGGUGAACAUCCCCGUGCAGGCUGUAAGUGGACGGCAGUUUGUGGAGAAGUGGUACCCAGUGAGCACACCCACCAGCAGCAAGGCAAAAGGCGGAGGUCCCUCCAUCCGUAUCAAGUGCCGCUUUCAGAGCGUUGCAAUCCUUCCCAUGGAACUGUAUAAGGAAUUUGCAGAGUUCAUCACUAACAACUACACUAUGCUGUGUUCAGUGCUCGAGCCUGUAAUCAGUGUGAGGAAUAAAGAGGAGAUGGCCAGUGCACUUGUACAUAUCCUCCAGAGCACAGGCCGUGCUAAGGAUUUUCUGACAGACCUGGUCAUGUCUGAAGUGGAUCGGUGUGCAGAUCAUGAUGUGUUAAUUUUUAGGGAAAACACUCUGGCCACCAAAGCCAUAGAAGAGUACCUCAAACUUGUGGGUCAGAAGUAUUUGCAUGAUGCCCUAGGAGAGUUUAUCAAAGCUCUGUAUGAGUCAGAUGAGAACUGUGAAGUGGAUCCAUCGAAGUGCCCUAACAGCGAACUGCCUGAACACCAAAGCAACUUAAAAAUGUGCUGUGAGCUAGCGUUUUGCAAGAUCAUCAACUCCUACUGUGUCUUUCCACGUGAGCUAAAGGAAGUGUUUUCUUCAUGGAAGCAACAGUGCCAUGCUCGGGGGAAGCAAGACAUUAGCCAGCGGCUAAUCAGUGCCUCCCUGUUUCUUCGCUUUCUCUGUCCAGCCAUCAUGUCACCAUCCCUCUUUAACCUCAUGCAGGAAUAUCCUGAUGACCGCACCUCACGCACACUUACCCUCAUUGCUAAAGUUAUCCAAAACCUCGCCAACUUCACCAAAUUUGGUAACAAAGAGGAAUACAUGGCGUUUAUGAACAAUUUCCUGGAGCAUGAGUGGGCAGGCAUGACUCGUUUUCUGCUGGAGAUUUCCAACCUUGAAACCAUCUCCAACACACCAGGCUUUGAGGGAUACAUUGACUUAGGCCGAGAGCUCUCCCUGCUGCAUGCCCUGCUGUGGGAAGUGGUGUCUCAGCUAGACAAGGGUGACAAUUCCUUCCUGCAGGCAACAGUGGCCAAACUAGGGCCUCUACCACGUAUCCUGGGUGACAUCACACGUGCACUGUCAAGCCCCACACCACUCCAGCAGCAGCUGCGACGUUUCCAAGACCAAGACUCCACUCACAUCAGUGGCAGUGUUUCUUCAGGACUACAGAGGAUAUUUGAGGACCCAAAUGACGGUGAAAUUCAGAAUGCCAAAUCUCCAGUGCAAGAGCACACAGAAGUUUUGUCACGGGGAAAGCCACCCUUACUGUGCCAGCAGCCAUCAUUGCACAGCAUGAGCUUCUCUGACAAAGAGCGAGAAAGUCAUCUUCCUAAUGGGCGUAGCAUCUCCUUGAUGGACCUACAGGACUCGCAUCUUCUUCUUGAAGCCCCACCAAAAAUGGGCCGCGUAGGCUCCCAAGCGUCGAUCGGUCCACUACCUUCCCCUCUUUCUCACCCACAUCAUCACCAUCCACAGCAGCAGCAGGCCAAAGUGGUCAUGCUAAGGGAAAAUGUACCUCAGAGUGCACCACAGGUCCGCCGGCCAAUGCAACCGUCCUUAAGCCAGCAGCGCAGCCUACAGCCCCUCUGUUUUCAGAACCCUGUUUACCAGCUCAGCAACAUGCAUGCACUGCGCUCAUCUCAGGCACCACUUCAGGCCCACUCCAGCUCAGAAAACCUAAGCACAGCAAGCUCACACAGUGCCAGCCCCAGCACUACACCCAGAAAAAGGUUGCCCUCUACCAUCAGUCUUGAAGAAAAAGAAGCACCGUCUCCUUGCUGGCAUACAGCUAUAGUUGAUUCUCACGCAGGGUCACCAGUUAUGGUUGUUGCCAGACAGAGUGGUGCAGGGACAGCACAUAUUGUAAAGGUAGAACAGCAAAGUAGGACAAAUGCAGGGGUGUCACGCUCACUGCCACAUAGCACCUCACUACGCAGCAGCAGUAGUGUCAAUACAGACCCACAACAGCAAAGUGGAACAAGCUCCAGACAGCAGUCAAUCUGCUCAAGAGAAAGCCCCAUACCAAGCAGCAGAAAUAACAGACAGGUGCACUCUCCUGUGGAAUCAGUUACCAUGUCUCCAGUGGAGCGGACAGCUGCAUGGGUGCUGAAUAAUGGCCAGUACGAAGAGGAAGAGGAGGAUGGCCAGAGCAAGAAGGAAAGCAAGCAUGUAGAGAAGUAUGAACAAGAGAUCACAAAGCUAAAAGAGCGGCUGCGUAUGUCUGGUCGUCGCUUAGAAGAGUAUGAGAGACGGCUUGCAGCACAAGAGCAGCAAAUGCAGAGGCUGCUUUUGGAGUAUAAGACUCGCUUGGAGGAUAGUGAAGAGCGCCUCCGGCAGCAACAGGAAGAGAAGGACAGCCAAAUGAAGAGCAUUAUUCGCAGGUUAAUGGCAGUGGAGGAGGAGCUAAAGAGAGACCAUGCAGAGAUGCAGGCAGUUAUAGAUGCAAAGCAGAAGAUCAUAGAUGCACAGGAAAAGCGGAUCAGCUCCCUUGAUGCAGCUAAUUCGCGCCUCAUGAGCGCGCUCACUCAGGUCAAGGAGCGCUACAGCAUGCACAGUCUUCGCAAUGGCCUCUCUCCCACUAACCCCACCAAGCUGUCCAUCACUGAAAAUGGAGAAUUCAAAAACAGCAGCUGCUGAUUAGACCAUUCACUCAUGUUGAACAAUGCUAGUCAAUACUCAAAUAUAGGAUCGCUGGCACCAGUUAGAUUUUGGACUAAGGUGAAAUGUUUGUGUUCUAUGACUACUAAAUAAAUCAUAUGCAAGGAAUGGGUGGUUAUAAUGUAUAUAGAUUGGACCUUGCAUUGGGACUGUACAGAAAGGAGUAAAUCUGUUUAGAAUAGCUUCAAUUUGAUUUAGAGAUGUAAUGCCAUACUGUAUCAGUGAUUUUAUGAUUUAAACAUGAUAUUACCAUACAUGAGGGCUAAGAUUGCAAUCUAAACAAUUUUAAGUAUUGUUAUACUAAGAUAUGAUAAAUUAAGGAUAUGAACAUUUCAGAAAAUGGAAAGUUGUUUUUAAAAAAAGAUGCCAUGAAACCACAUAGAGGAGGUGUGCAGCUUAACUAAUGUGGGUUAAACAAACAAAAGUCAGUUUUGUGCACUCAAUUUUCUAAAUCAAUUUUCUAUGUUUUUGAUCUCUAAUUUGAACCGUUUUAUUUAAUCUCAGGUAGUUUUUUGUUAAUUUUACCUGAUUUAAGGUCAAGUUUAGUUGACAAACUGGCUAGAUGCUUCUGGUGGGCGGUGGAAUCAUAUAAGCGUUACACCAAUGGAAAAAAAAAAAGGAAAAUUCAUGUAAAAGUAAAUGUACCAAUCUUGACUCCUGACAACCAUGACAUUCACACCAAUAUCUCUUUCCAGAUGUAGUCUCUUUUUCUGUUAUUACAAGUUCUGUUUCUGCAAAAGCUUUCACCUAGAUUUUUGAAGGCAUGAAUGUAUUUAUUUAACCAUGAGGGGCAGCACUGAUCUUAGACGAGGUGGCCUGGAGUGCACCUAAGUGCAGGAUACUUGAGUUCUUUUACUAGAACCUUAACACGUCAUUGUCCUCGCUUUGUGCAUGGGGCAUUGUCAUGAUAAAACAUGUUUGGGCCCCCUUAAUUCCAAAAUGGGAAAAUUAUAUUGUUCCUGCAUACAAAGAUAUUGAUAGUACAGUUUGGGGAAGAACCACAUUUAAGUGGACAGGAGUCCACAUAAUUUUGUCCAUAUAGUGUAUUAUGUCUUUAGAUUUAUACCUUUAUGUGAUGCACACAUAGUCUAGUCUAAAGAAUUAAUCUUGCACCAGUGGUUUCAGUUCAUGCCAUAUCACCUAUAUUGUCUGCCCAAACAAAUCCAAAGUUAGCACUCAACUUGCUGCUUUAUAUCACAUUUUGUUAGAUCAUCAGUUAUUUUAAAAUCCCUGUUCAUUUCCAUCUUAUUUAAUGUUUGCCAAUGACUACUUUUAAAACACAUUGUUUUGCCAUAAUCAUCUCACUCUGAUGUAAACAAUAUUUUGUAGCACCAAGACAGAAAUGCAUUUCUGACAGUCACUGCUCUGUAACCUUUAUGACAAGAUUUUUGAGGAAUAAAGAUGGCUGAGACUUGAAAAAUUAAACUGUUUAAUUUUACAAUGCAAUUUUUAAAACAGUUAAUUCAAUUAAUUGAUUGUGUUUAAAA